CAAUUUUCAAUUGUGCUUUUCUAGUUAGCCAGCUAGCUAGGUCCAUAUCCAUUUAUGGAGGGACAAGAUCAUAACAACAACUACACUCGUCCUCUUCUCACACCGCCGCCGCCACAGGAUCACCACUUGGCCGCCGUAUUCACCACAGAAUCCCAUGACAUCCCUCCGAUCAGCAGCCCCAAAGUCUUCGGCAGGGAGUUUCUCCUCGAGUCCAAGAAGCUUUGGUACCUGGCCGGGCCUGCCAUCUUCACCUCUGUCUGCCAGUACUCACUCGGCGCCAUCACUCAGCUCUUUGCUGGCCACGUUGGCACCUUAGAGCUCGCCGCUGUUUCUGUCGAGAACUCCGUCAUCGCCGGCUUCUGCUUCGGCAUCAUGCUUGGGAUGGGAAGUGCGUUGGAAACGCUAUGUGGCCAAGCGUUCGGAGCGGGACAAUUGAGAAUGUUAGGGAUUUACAUGCAGCGAUCAUGGGUCAUUCUCAACACCACCUGCUUGCUCCUCAGCCUUCUCUACGUCUUUGCCAAGCCGCUCCUCAAUUUUAUUGGCCAGACGGCCGCCAUAUCCAAGGCGGCGGGAGAGUUCGCCGUCUGGAUGAUACCGCAGCUCUUCGCAUACGCCAUGAAUUUCCCAAUCCAGAAGUUCCUGCAGGCGCAAAGCAAGAUCAUGGUCAUGGCGUGGAUAGCAGCCGCGGCGCUUGUGAUGCACCUGCUGCUCAGCUGGCUGCUCAUGCUGAGGCUGGGCUGGGGGCUGGUCGGGGCGGCUGUGGUGCUGAACGGGUCGUGGUGGUUCAUAGUGGUGGCGCAGCUUGUGUACAUCCUGAGCGGCACGUGUGGGACCGCGUGGAGUGGCUUCUCGAUAAAAGCGUUUGAGAAUCUCUGGGGAUUCGUUCGUCUCUCCCUUGCAUCUGCAGUUAUGCUCUGCCUUGAAAUGUGGUAUUUUAUGGCACUAAUUCUGUUCGCGGGAUAUCUCAAGAAUGCAGAAGUUUCAGUUGAUGCCUUAUCUAUCUGCAUGAACAUCUUGGGUUGGACCGUGAUGGUAUCCUUUGGAAUGAAUGCAGCAGUAAGUGUGAGGGUGUCAAAUGAACUAGGGGCAUCACACCCAAGAGCAGCGAAAUUCUCGCUAGUGGUAGCAGUGAUAACAUCGUUUGUGCUGGGUCUAGCAAUGUCACUGGUUCUUAUCAUGUUCAGGAAGCAAUACCCUUCCUUGUUCUCAAAUGAUUCAGCGGUGAAGGAACUGGUGAUGGAGCUGACACCAAUGUUGGCCUUUUGCAUUAUCAUCAACAAUGUUCAGCCUGUUCUUUCAGGUGUUGCCGUUGGGGCAGGGUGGCAGAGUCUUGUUGCCUAUGUCAACAUUGCUUGUUACUAUCUUUUUGGUGUUCCUCUUGGACUUAUUUUGGGCUAUGCGCUUGACUUUGGUGUCAUUGGGAUCUGGUCUGGGAUGCUUACGGGGACCAUUGUCCAAACUUGUGUUCUAUUCAUCAUAGUAUAUAGAACUGACUGGGACAAAGAGGCCUCCCUUGCAGAAGAUAGAAUAAAGAAGUGGGGUGGGCAUAAAGAUUCAAAACCCAAUGGUGUCGCAAAUAAUGAUCAGCAAACAUGAAAGUGUUGCAAAUUCUAGAACCAAGUUUUUAUGUAUUUAAUUUCAUUUUGUCAAACUUGUGUUCAAGGGCCAACAUUAGCCCAGUUGUAUAAUUUAGAAGUGUUAUGCCUAGUUGCCUCGUAUGAUAGGAAUGCCAGAAAGUCAUCAAAAUUUAUUAUUUUUUAUCAUUAAAUGUGAUUGUCAAAAACAAUAAAUUUCGAUAAUCCUCUA